UAGAGUUGCCCUCGUUUUAGGCCAAAUCGAGCUGUUGCUUGCUUCCCUCUCUCUCUCUCCCUCCCUCUCUCUCUCUCACAGAAAAGAGCGAGAAACGGCACCGACAUGAGCCGCUACGACAGCCGGGCCAGCGAUCCCGGUUCGUACCGGGACCGGAGAAGCGAUGGAGGUUUCAGUGGCGGUGGAACUCCGAAUUUCAGCAGAGGAGGAGGAGCAGGCUUCGACAGUGUACGAUCUUCAUCGUCGAGCAGGAAAGACUCUGAAAGCUUUGGUGCUUCCUUGCCGAAGCAGGACUUUGACGACCUGAUCCCCUUUGAGAAGAAUUUCUAUGUGGAGUGCCCUUCUGUGGCGUCCAUGACAGAGGCUGAUGUUGAGGCGUACCGUCGGCGGCGCCAGAUCACUGUCGAGGGCCGUGACGUCCCCAAACCCAUCAAGGAUUUCCGCGAUGUCGGGUUCCCAGAAUACGUCAUCCAAGAAGUUUUGAAAGCCGGCUUUGUUGAACCUACCCCUAUCCAAGCUCAGGGUUGGCCAAUGGCUUUGAAGGGUCGUGAUCUGAUUGGUAUUGCAGAAACAGGAUCGGGAAAGACACUUGCCUAUCUAUUGCCUGCCAUUGUCCAUGUCAAUGCUCAGCCAUUUUUAGCUCCUGGUGAUGGCCCAAUUGUUUUAGUUUUAGCUCCGACCCGUGAACUUGCUGUUCAGAUACAACAAGAAUCUACUAAGUUUGGGGCGUCAUCAAAGAUAAAGAAUACUUGUAUAUACGGUGGAGUUCCAAAGGGACCUCAAGUUCGUGAUCUUCAGAAAGGGGUUGAAAUUGUUAUUGCUACACCUGGACGGCUGAUUGAUAUGUUAGAAUCACAUCAUACAAACUUGAGGAGGGUAACCUACCUUGUUUUGGAUGAGGCAGAUCGGAUGCUGGACAUGGGUUUUGAACCUCAAAUUCGGAAAAUUGUUUCUCAGAUUCGUCCAGACCGUCAAACUCUUUAUUGGAGUGCCACUUGGCCCAAAGAGGUUGAGCAACUUGCAAGGCAAUUCCUCUACAACCCAUACAAGGUAGUCAUUGGUUCCAUAGACUUGAAAGCCAAUCAUGCCAUUCGCCAGCAUGUAGAUAUUGUUUCAGAGAAUCAGAAAUAUAACAAAUUGGUAAAGCUCUUGGAGGACAUCAUGGACGGAAGCCGGAUUCUAAUAUUCAUGGACACCAAGAAAGGAUGUGACCAAAUCACAAGGCAGCUUCGUAUGGAUGGUUGGCCUGCCCUCUCAAUCCACGGAGAUAAAAGUCAGGCAGAAAGAGACUGGGUCCUCUCAGAAUUUAAAGCUGGCAAAAGUCCAAUAAUGACUGCUACUGAUGUUGCCGCUCGUGGUUUGGAUGUGAAGGAUGUGAAAUAUGUAAUCAACUAUGAUUUUCCUGGAUCCCUAGAGGAUUAUGUCCACCGCAUUGGUCGAACAGGGAGGGCCGGAGCAAAGGGAACGGCAUAUACUUUCUUUACAGCUGCAAAUGCAAGAUUUGCGAAGGAGCUGAUUAAUAUCCUCGAGGAAGCAGGGCAGACUGUCAGUCCCGAACUGGCAGCCAUGGGGCGUGGUGCUCCUCCACAAGCAGGUCAUGGGGGAUUCCGUGAUCGUGGGAAGGGUUUCGGCGUCGGGCGUUCAUGGAGCUGAUAGAUGCGAUGAGAGCAGGGCCAAUACAGAUUUCCAUCAGCAAAAGAUCAUCUCUGCAUUCACAAGGUCUUGUAUUUCUAGUUUGAUUCAUCACUGCGGUUUCUCUUCACUAACUUGAUGAUGAUAUUAAGCAAGAACUUGUUUGGCAAGGCGGGUGACGGUGCUUGCUUUUUUGUUCUGUUUUACCGAGGCAGUAAGUGCCCAGUUGAGAUUGAAUUGUAAGAACAGAACAGGCAUUCCCCGAGUUUUACAUGGUUCAAUGUAGAGAAAGAAAAAGGAAAGCCAGCCUCAUUUUUAAUGCUGUAGUUGGACUGUGAUCGGCUGCUGUUCAAAGUAGAUAUUUAAAACAUAGUAGUUUGAUUUGUUGUGAUUUGCAACUGCUUUGCCGAAUGGAUUUUUUCUUUUUGUUGUGUU